AUGUUCCGCCGUCUCUCCGUGUGCGUGCCGUUUGUCACGACGGCACGCUUCUACACCCCGUCGGAGGAGCUGAAGAAGCUCUACGCUAGCGACUUUGAGCGCGCGCAGUUCCCCGUCAAUAUCGUCCCCAGCGACUCUGUCACGUUCGCCAAGUUCCUGUACAAGGCGGUGGAGCCGAAGGGCAACUUUGACGCCAUUCUGAAGGACUUCCAGACCAUCGCUGCCGCCAUCCCGAAGUUGCCUGUCUUCUGGCAGCGCACCGUGGUGGUGAGUGAGGUGAAGGAGUUCAAGUCGCUCUCCGCCCCGACGACCUUCACGCUCGAGUGGAUGCAGAGCAACGGCAUGCUAGACCUGCUCCCGGAUGUGGCGGAGGUGUACGAGACCUACGUCAACGCCAAGACGAAACGCGUGACGGCCAAGAUCUACGUCGCCCCUGGUAAGGAGCAGGACCGGGCCCUGGUGGAAAAGGCAAAGGGGGUUGCGGAGCAGGUUGUGAAGGACAACAAGCAAUUUGUUGGCUACACGCUGGUGCCGAAGGUGAUGGUGGAUCGCUCCAUUGUGGAGGGUUUUGCCGUGGAUGUGCAGGGAUCGUACGUAAACGAGGCCGUUGGCCGCGAGAAGGAGAUGCAGGCGUCGGGCGAGGUCGAUUACACCACCAUCCCGCCUCCGCGUUUGUCCAAGACGACCUGGGAGGACAACAUCGAGACAGAGGUGCUGCGCAAGUACCUCGACACCCUUUCCCUCUACGACGCCGAGGAGCUCAAGAGUGGCGUUUAA